AGGAGGAGAGGAGAGGAGAGGAGAGGAGGAGAGAGGGGGGAGUGAUGAGUCAAUACAACUAAUAAUUUAAUGGGGACAGAGAGGCAGCGAGACGGAGUGAGAGGAGGGGAGAUAGAGAGAAGAGAGGAGCUCCUCCGUCCGGACGCCAAUCCCCAGCCAGCAGGACACCUCCUACUAUUACUAUCGCAGGCAGCGGCUGCUCGCUCGCGUGCGUCCACAGCGGAGCCGCGUUUUAUUUACACGCUCGGCGGCGGAAAGUGAGGCGCACUUUCUGACCCCCCCUCCGCCGCUCGCCGUGUUCCGGCGGACCUGUUUCUGUUCGGGGCUGUCCGCAUCUCGGCUCCUCGUCGCCUCCAUAGCGCGCACUCAGCUCGGGCUUUAUUAUUAUUACACAUUAUUCCCAGCCCGUGCGUGUGCGUGCGUGCGUCCGUGCGUGCGUGUGUGUGUGUGUGUUUAUCUCUCAGCCUCUUCCCGACCGUUCCGGCUGCUGGCUCUCUUUUUGUUGUUUUUCUCCUUUAAAUAAUAGUAAUUCGGUUGUUCUUGUCAGAAGUGUGUCCGGGGAGCCGCCGCUCUGUACGCCGCUCCUGCGUGCCUCCUCUCCGGCGUGCCGCUGCCGCUGCCGCCGCGUCCUCCCCCCGGCUGCCGCCGCCGCCGCCGCCGCCGCCGGAUGAAGACCAACUCCGAGCCCCGAAGUCGCCUCCACUUGUGACCGAUGGACGCGGCUCCUCGCCGUCGCCCCUGCCGCCGCUCUUUCUCUCCUUCCUCCGGUCGGACGGAAACGGCUCGAGCCGCUCCGCCACUCGGCUGAGACUCGCGCACGCACGCACGCGCGCGCGCCCCCCCUCCCUCCUCUCCCUCCUCUCCCUCCUCCAGCCUCACCAAUGCUCGCCCGCCGCGGUGCGUCUCGCCCGCCUCGUCCCUUCCUCAGACCCGGGCUCCGCCUGCCAGCACAGCCGGAGAGAGCGCCCGUGAGCGGACCCGCCGCUGCCAUGCACACGUAGAGGAGGCAGGCAGGAACCGGGAGUUUCUGGGGUUUUUUUUUCUAUUUUUCUUUUUAUUUAUUUUCUUUUUUUAAAAUUUUUAAAUCCUGGCCAAACUUGAAGAAGACGCGUCGUUUCCAGCUUGUUUUAUGCUCUCCAGUGCUGAAGUGCUGCGUUCAAGGUGAUAGUGAGCAGAGGUGCUGAGAAUGAUGGACCAUCUCAGCGAGGCGUGUUUGGGAAAGGAGAACUCGGAGCUGGUCAGCAGCAUGGCGGAGGCCAAGGCCCCGCCGGCCAAGCUGCCCCGGCUGGAGCAGAACGGCAGCCCCCUGGGCCGGGCCCGGCUGGGCAGCACCGGGGCCAAGCUCGCCGGCGUCCCGUACAAGCCCGCCGGCCACCUGCUGAAGACCUGCCACAAGAGAGGCAACAUGCUGCCUGUGUUCUGCGUGGUCGAGCACUACGAGAAUCCCAUGGAUUUCGACAGCAAGGAGGAGCACGCCGAGUUCGUCCUGGUCCGCAAGGACAUGCUCUUCAACCAGCUCAUCGAGAUGGCCCUGCUGUCACUGGGCUACUCGCACAGCUCCGCAGCCCAGGCCAAAGGUAUGAUUCAGGUGGGGAAGUGGAACCCCGUCCCUCUGUCGUAUGUGACAGACGCACCGGACGCCACAGUGGCCGACAUGCUGCAGGAUGUCUACCACGUGGUCACGCUUAAGAUCCAGCUGCACAGUUGUCCUAAGCUGGAGGACCUGCCGCCCGAGCAAUGGAGCCACUCUACAGUAAGAAACGCCCUCAAGGAGUUACUCAAAGACAUGAAUCAGAGCUCUCUGGCUAAAGAAUGUCCUUUAUCACAGAGUAUGAUUUCCUCCAUUGUGAACAGCACUUACUAUGCAAAUGUGUCGGCGGCGAAGUGUCAGGAAUUUGGGCGCUGGUAUAAACAUUUCAAGAAGACAAAAGAUAUGAUGGGCAUGCGCCAACCCUCCCAGCUGGAGGGCUACCUGGGGACGUGUGUCCUCCGCGAGAGCCCGCGUGCCAAUGCACUAGCGGAAAUGGACGGCCUGUCCGACCUCUCCCCGCCCGGCUCCAACCACAACCACAACCACAACCACCUAGGCUUCUCCCAGCAGCAGCAGCCCAUCCCCGGCAGCACGGCGGAGCAGACCCCCUCCUCGCCGGUCCCGCCCAUGCCCCACGCCCCGCCGCCGCACGGCGGCCAGACGGGCGGCCGGCAGCCCCAGCUCCCGGGCCUGCACCACCCGGGCCUGGUGUCCACGCCCAUCAGCCCCCAGCUGGUCAACCAGCAGCUGGUGAUGGCCCAGAUCCUCAACCAGCAGUACGCCGUCAACCGGCUGCUGGCGCAGCAGUCGCUGUCGCAGCAGUACCUCAACCACCCGCCCGUCAACCGCAACUCCCACAGCAAGCCCCUGGAGCCGCAGGUGGCGUCCAACACCGAGGUGUCCUCCGAGAUCUACCAGUGGGUGAGGGACGAGCUGAAGCGCGCCGGCAUCUCGCAGGCCGUCUUCGCCCGAGUGGCCUUCAACAGAACCCAGGGCUUGCUGUCCGAGAUCCUGCGUAAGGAGGAAGACCCCAAGACGGCGUCCCAGUCGCUGCUGGUCAACCUGCGCGCCAUGCAGAACUUCCUGCAGCUGCCGGAGGCCGAGCGGGACCGCAUCUACCAGGAGGAGAGGGAGCGCAGCCUGACGGCGGCCUCCGCCAUGGGCUCGGCCCCGCUCAUCAGCACGCCGCCCAGCCGACCCGUGCAGCCCCGGAGGGAAGACUGCAACAGCGUCAGACCCGAGGAUUGGAAUCCCAGAAUCCCUGUGGGCAUUUCACCUGUGAAACCGUCGCCUCUGCCCAGCGAGUGGAACGGCAAGACGGAGAGCUGCAUCCUCAACAUCAACUCCACCAUCUACGACGAGAUCCAGCAGGAGAUGAAGAGGGCCAAAGUCUCGCAGGCGCUGUUCGCCAAGGUGGCCGCCUCCAAGAGCCAGGGCUGGCUGUGCGAGCUGCUGCGCUGGAAGGAGGACCCGUCCCCGGAGAACCGGACGCUGUGGGAGAACCUGUCCAUGAUCCGCCGCUUCCUCAGCCUGUCGCAGGCCGAGCGCGACGCCAUCUACGAGCAGGAGAGCAGCGCCGGGCAGCAGCACCACGGCGAGCGGCCGUCGCACCUCAUGCACGUCUCCAGCGACCAGCUGCAGGCUCAGCCGACGCCGCAGCAGCAGCACCACCAGCCCUCGCUGUCCCUCCACCCCUCCCAGCCCCUGCUGUCCCAGCAGCCCCUGCAGCAGCAGCAGCAUCCCACCGCCGGGCCGCGGCUGCCGCCCCGCCAGCCCUCCACCGCCUCCCCGGCCGAGACGGAGGACGAGGGCGGCCGCGGCGGCGGCGGCGGGGGCAUCAAGUCGCGCGGCAUCGGGGGGAAGAUCUCGCUGGAGGCGCUGGGCAUCCUGCAGAGCUUCAUCCAGGACGUGGGGCUGUACCCCGACGAGGAGGCCAUCCACACGCUGUCCGCCCAGCUCGACCUGCCCAAGCUCACCAUCAUCAAGUUCUUCCAGAACCAGCGCUUCUACGUCAAUCACCCCGCCAAGGCGCCCAAGGAGCCCGCCAACAACAAUAACAACAACAAUGGCGGCGGCGGCGGCGGCAGCGGCAGCACCGCCGCCACCACCAACACCAACACCAGCAGCAGCAGCAGCAGCGGCAGCAGCCCCGCCUUCGACGAGGAGCUGACGGACUUCCGGGAGGGCGGCGAGCUGCUGAAGGAGCUGGACGAGAGCUCGCAGACCAACAGCACCAUCUUCUCCAUCAAGCUGGAGGAGCAGCUGGGCCGCGGCGUGGAGGCGGAGCACGAGGCCAAGGAGUAGGACUCCGCCCGGGCGCACAGUCACACUCCCUCCCCCCCUACACACACACACACACACACACACACACACACACACACACACACACACACACACACACACACACACACACACACACACACACACAGACUGAUGACUGUGCUAAAAGUAACACUCUGAACCGCCGCACUGCAAAUAAAGAAAAGUAGUGUUUGCAAUCAGUUACAGCGUCUGGACUGAAGCAGGAGUGUUUAUAUUUAUCAGACUGGUGGAGUGAGUGUUCACACACACACACACACACACACGCACACUGGAAAAGCCCAUUUCAGUUAUACAACUACAAAGUACUACUUUUUGGAUUUUGUAAAACUUGUAUUAUUCCACUGUAAAAAAAAAAAAAACAAACAAACAAAAAACAACAAAAAAACAAAAACUGAUGCAUCAUUUAAAAAAAAAUCUACACAAAAAAAAGUUAUUCAAAGUAUGUUGCCGUGAAUAUUUGCUGACUGCACUCUAUGUCUGUUGUUUUACACUGACUUACUUUAUCUUUUUUGAGCUACUGAUUCUAUUCUAAAAGGUUUAAAAAAAAAAAAAAAUCCCCCCCUUCCCCCGACACUUCCUGGAGUUUGCUGGGACUUUGAUAGGUGUUUGUGAUGUUUAACUGGAUUUUCCUUUUAUUUUUUUCUUUUUGUUUUUUUUUUUUACAAAAAAAAAAAAAAAAAACAUUUAAAUCAAGGACCAAGUGUUUGACAAGGCCUUAAAUCAGAGGUUUGAAGUCUGGAGCCUGCUGGCAGAACCGUUCAAUAAGUGUGAUUGUGGAUCACUCCGAGCCCAGGUGCAUCUCCCAGAAUAGCUCAGUCUUUACAUUUUAUUUGUUAGGGAAGAAAUAUAAAUAUAUAUAUAUAGACAUUAUAUUGUAACUGUAAAAAGGAAAAAAAAUACAGUCUUAAAGAAACUAUGCCAACAAAUGCCUUGUACUAUACGGCACUGCCGAUGUUAGAUUAUUUUGCAGAACCUUUGUCACUGUAACUUUCUGAAUUGCCACAGUUAGAAAUGUGAAUCUCACCACGUUUAUGUUGUCUGACAUUAUUUAUUUGCAGUUCAUGCAGUGUUUUUAUUGUAGUUUUGUUUUUUGUUUAUUUUUCUGAAAAGAAAAAAAAUCUUUCUUUACGUAGAGAUGCUUUACUUUGUGUUUAUUUUUUUUUUGUUGGUUUUAUUACUUUUAUUUUUUAUUCCACUGAUCUGUUUUUUCUAUUUAUAAAUGUAAUUUCGAUGGGCAGUAAAAACAAAAAGUGUCUUAAACGUUUUAAAUGGAGAAAUGUGCUUUAAAGGUUGCCUAUAAAAAGUGCUGUAUGUCGAGCAACUCAUGCUACAAGCUUCACGAUUAAUGUUGUAUGCAAUUUUUACUAUCAUGCAAAUAAGCUUAGGUAAAAUGACUUAACCUUAUAGAAACACCUUAGAGAGAAAAACAUAUGCAAUCCGUGUGAAAAAUCGAUGUCUGCGAUGUGUCUUCCUUUUGGUUAACAACCCGAUUCAAAAAGCUCCUCCUGUAUAAAUACUCUG